AUGGGUGUUCCUGGGAUCUCUAAAAUUUUGGAGCUGGCUCGGCGUGUGCAAACUCUGACUGAGUUUGCAACAAAGGAAGGCUUUCAGCUGAAUCCACACGGCGACAACAUGGUUCGUGUUGGCGUCGAUGUAAGUGUCUGGAUCUGCCAAGCUCAAGCCGCUGUGCACUCCAUGCCUAGGACACAACAGGGCGAAAAUCCAGCCCUCCGCAUCAUUUUUUUCCGCAUCUGCCACCUCCUAGCUCAGUCUAUCCAACCCAUUUUCAUUGCGGAUGGUCCCAAUCGCCCUCGUGUUAAACGUGGAGUAAAUGUCAGGGCCGACAAGCCACACUGGAUGGAAGCUUACGUCAAGGAUUUUGUUCAAGAAGCUGGGUGCCCCAUGUAUCACGCUCCAGGAGAGGCUGAGGCUGAGUUGGCUCAGCUGACAGCACAUGGCCUCAUCAAGGCUGUUCUCACCACCGACUUCGAUGUGUUCCUCUUUGGGGGCACAUACAUGAUUAAACCCCCCAACGUAAAAACCGAUGGAGACAGGAUCACAUACUACACGUCUGAUGGCAUUCAAGCACAGACAUCCCUCACGUGCGCCAAGUUAAUCUUCAUCGCUAUUCUCAGUGGCGGCGACUAUGACCAGGUUGGCCUCCCCGGGUGUGGUCUCAAGAUCGCUCAUCAACUGGCUCAGGGGGAACUCGCCGACUUACUUUUCACAGCCGCCACCACGCUCCCUCAACAUGAUCUUGAAGACUUUCUUCGUGAUUGGCGCAACAAGCUCGCGAAUGAGCUACUUCGUGAUCCACAUGGUCUAAUGAACGCGAAACACCCUAAACUAGCCCAAAACAUUCCUUCGGACUUCCCCAAGUUCGACACCCUCCAGUUGUACAUCUCUCCAGUCACCUCUUGGUCAGAGAAUGGCAAGGGCCCUGAUACCACAUCAUGGGCUCUCUGCCAACUCAAUCUAGCUAAGCUUGCAGUCCUCUGCGAGAAAUCUUUUUCGUGGGGAUCUGCUGGCGUCAUCAAUGAGCGCUUCCAAAAGAAUGUAUGGCCGGCAGCCGUCAUGCGAAUGCUGCUUAAGCCUGUUGACACUCCUGGAGCAGUCGACGAGCAACUCUCACACUUGUCCCUGCUUCAUAUUCGGCAGAAGAAGCUUGGACCCGGUGGCCCAGCUACAGGUGCAAACGUGGACGGCUUCUCUGUCGAGACAGCCUCAUUGGCUCUUGCCCGUGAAACGGCCUCCAGCCUUGACGAGAAUAUUCGCAAAAAGACACUUCAGCAAAUGCGGGAGCCUUUCUACCCGUGGAUUCCAUCGCGGAUUCUCAAACAAAAGGUUCCCGAUCUCACAAAUGAGUUCGGCGCACGCACGCGUAAGAAAACGAAACGUUGCCAGCAGCAGCAGAUCAUAACAGACUCAGAUGAUGGAGUUGUUAUGACUGCUGCAGCCACUGCCGAUGUCAUCGCGUCGACCUCUCAAAUGACCUGUGCUCCCGAUGCCAUGCCCUCAAGCUCUGGCAUGGCCCUCGCUGCUGCUGCAGGGUCAUCUUUGAACCCAAUUGCCAUUGACGAGGAUGAAUCGAAGGGUGGUUUCCUUGGUUUUAUUGAUCUAAUGUAG